UGGGUUACAAAUAGAUCGAAUACUAGAAAGCUGAAGAAAAUCACAAAAAAUGGAUGCCGAUGAAAGCUUCUUAAAUCAACGUUCAUUAAUUAUGGAUGUAACGAGACAGCUGGAUGAUCUUUUGAAUGCCAAUAAAAUGGACACUGGCACCAAGGGCAAGGAGGAGAAAAAACCGGAGGUUGACCUUUCAGAAGGUGUGACAGACACCAGUUUUGUAGUGUUCUUCCGGGAUAUUCGCAAGAAAUCUUCAAGACACUUUAAAAAGGUCCAAAAGAGCUCCAAUACCAAUCAAAUUACCUGUAUGCGACAGAUUGACACAUCACCAAAGGAUCGCGCAGAGGCUCGACGAGAUCGAGAAGUUGUAGCAGAUAGUUUUCGGAGGCUGGGUAACGAAGAAUACCGCCGCACUAACUUUGAAAAGGCUAUUUAUUAUUACUCAAAGGCUAUUCAAUACGUGUCCGAUUCGCCAGUACUUUAUUGUAACCGUGCCCUGGCUAAAAUCAAAAAAAGAGACUUCAAACUGGCCCUUUUUGAUCUAGACUAUGUGAUCUUCAAGCUGGAUCCUCUUCAUUUAAAGGCCUGGCUUUAUAGAGCCGGAGCUCUGGCUCGUCUAAACAAUGAGGCCGAAUCCAACAUUGCCAUUUCCAAUGCUCGUCUAUUCAACAGAGCACCAAAAGAUAAAAAAUACAUAGAAUAUUUCCUGGAAAAACUCAAAACUGAAUUUUAGAGCAUUAUAUUGUACU